AUGGCGUCCAUUCUUCGCAUGAUCGUCAAGAACGAUGCCAUGUUGUCAGAUCCAACAGAGAUCUACAACUGGCGGGUUUUCGUCCUUGCUUGCUGCGCCUGUUUCGGCGCCAUGUCUUUCGGCUGGGACAGCAGUGUCAUCGGCGGUGUCGUGGUCAUGGACACCUUCAAGCAUGACUAUGGCUUGGAAGGCACCAACGACGUCGCCAUAGCAAAUCUCACGGGAAAUAUCGUGUCGACGCUCCAGGGUGGCUGCUUCUUUGGUGCCCUUGCCGCCUUCAUCAUCACCGACGCCAUCGGCCGCAAAUGGACACUGGUUGGCGCCGCCCUCUUCACCUUGGUUGGUGUGGUCAUGCAGGCCGCCGCCUCUGGUCACAUUGAGCUCAUCUACGUGGGCAGACUGAUCGCUGGUCUUGGUGUCGGCUGCUCCAGUGUCGUCAACCCCAUCUACGUCAGCGAGAACGCUCCUCGCGCCAUUCGCGGUCUUCUCACCGGCAUGUACCAGCUCUUCAUCGUCACCGGAGGCAUGAUUGCUUUCUGGGUCAACUAUGGCGCCGUCGUUCUGCCUGGCAGCACCAAAUACGUCGUCCCGCUUGCCGUGCAGGGCCUUCCUGCCCUGUUCCUCUUCCUCGGCAUGCUCCUUUGCAACGAGUCCCCCCGUUACCUUGCGCGCGUCGAUAAGUGGGAGGAGGCCAAGAGCGUCCUCGUCAAGGUCCGCGGUCUGCCCGAGGACCACCCGUACGUCGUCGAGGAGUUCAAGGAGAUCAGCGACCAGCUCGAGGCUGAGCGCUUGCUCAUGGGUGACGCCACGUUCUGGUCUCUGCAGCGCGAGAUGUGGACUGUCCCCACGAACCGCAAGCGUGCGUUCCUCAGCAUCGCGCUCAUGAUCUGCCAGCAGAUGACUGGUACCAACGCCAUCAACACCUAUGCGCCCACCAUCUUCAAGAACCUCGGCAUCGUCGGCACCAGCACCUCCCUGUUCAGCACCGGCAUCUACGGCAUCGUCAAAGUCCUGUCGUGCAUUGCCUUCUUGCUCUUCAUGGCCGACUCGCUCGGUCGCCGCAAGUCCCUGCUCGUCUCGUCGGUCGGCCAGACCGUGUGCAUGCUCUUCAUCGGCAUCUACGUUGCCGUGAAGCCCCCCGUCCCCGGCCAGGACGUCCCCCCUGUCGGCUACGUCGCGCUCGUCUGCAUCUUCCUCUUCGCCGCCUUCUUCCAGUUCGGCUGGGGGCCAGCCUGUUGGAUUUUGAUCUCAGAAAUUCCACGCCCUCGCAUGCGUCCUCUCAACGUCACCAUCGGUGCCGCCACCCAGUGGUUGUUCAACUUUGUCGUCGCCAAGGCUGUCCCCACUAUGCUGGCCACCAUGGGUCCCAAUGGCUACGGUACUUACCUCCUCUUUGGCUGCUUCGGCGCCUCCAUGUUCGUCUUUGUCUGGUUCUUCAUCCCCGAGACCAAGGGCCGCUCCCUCGAGACCAUGGACGAGCUGUUUGGC